AUGUUGCGUUCCGUUUGUUUACUUGCUUGUCUGUUUCAGAUUGCUCUCGGCCAGUGCAGUGGAAGUCUAGGACAAAUUGCGCCAGUAAAUGCAGUGGCUUCUGGUCCUGGUUACGGAUACGGAGAGCUGGGUCUGGUACCAGCUUAUGACUUAGGGGGCUAUAGAGGUUUAAGUUUCCCUGGUCCUUACAAUUCUAAUGGAAAUUAUGGAGGUGUUGGAACUGCAGAUGUAUCAGUGGUUGGAGAAAUGCCUGUUGCUGGUAGCACCGUCGUCGUUGGCCAGGUACCGGUAGUAGGUAAUGUGCGAUUCGGUGGUCAAAUUCCAGCUGGUGGUAUUUUUUCAGUCUCUGGAAGUUGCAGCUGCGGCCUUAACGGCGCCAUCAUCAGUUGA